UGGAGCAUAGUUCAGCCAUCUCCUCCAGAAUGCCAUGAACAGGUUGGAUGCACUUCUUGCAGCUCUGUUGCAGGCUCACGUGACUCGCCUGCCGUCAAUCGAGUUUGUUCUGCUUCCAUCUGGUGUUCUUUGUGCGCACACACUGUUGUACUUCAGGUGCAGUAAAAUCUCUUAACUCUGGCUUUCACACCUGAAAACCUAUGAUGCACUCAUGAUGAAAAAAAAAUAAUAAUAAAAAAAAAAAUCAAAUUCCAACUAAUUUUAAAAGUGGCAGUAGUAGGACUUCAUUAGUGCCAUUUUCUUCUUAGCAUUUUGAAAUGCCAAGUCAAUCACAGCCUAUAUAAAUAUGAUGACACAAUCCUAAACCCAUCCAACCACUCCAUGCAACUUCAAAAGAAGACCAGUGUGAUUUCCUAUAAGAGGAGGAGCCCGUGUUUGAGGAAACUUAUCUGGAGGAGGAGCUGAAUCAGGUUUACAUGUGAGAGGAGCUGGAUGAAGAUUACCUGUGAUUGGAAGAAUCUGACAGAGUAGGACGGUUGUUCCAGUGGAACUUGAUUUGAUCACACCACAUCUUUCUUUUGUUCCCUUAUUCCACCACUUGGACUCCCAUGUCUCUUGUGACACCUAUUUCCAAACCAGCUUUCCGCACACUUGAAGCGCUGACCUGCAGUAUGCAGCAACCGGUAAGGCAGAGGCUGAGACCUUGGCUGGAAGAGCAGAUUCAGUCCGGGAAGUAUCCAGGUGUCAGCUGGCUGGACCAGUCAGCUUGCAUCUUCCAGAUCCCAUGGAAACAUGCAGCUCGCCACGGUUGGAGCAUUGACCGGGAUGCUACGCUCUUUAGGAGUUGGGCUAUGCACACAGGAAAGUACCGUCCAGGCAGAGACAAGCCAGAUCCCAAGACAUGGAAAGCAAAUUUCCGGUGUGCCUUGAAUUCCCUACCUGACAUCUGUGAGCUGCGGGAGCACAGCAGGAAGCGAGGCAGCAAYGCCUACAGAGUCUACAGGAUGCUGCCCAGCUCUCAAACACGCAGACGAAGGAGAACGGGACUGUUCAACAGACCGCAGGAGAGGCCGAGAGGUUUGGAAAACUCCAGAAGUGAUGACACAUACACCUCACAGCAAACCUGGCAGCCUGCAACAGCACUGCCUGCUACAGACCCACCACACAAGGUGGAGACCUGUGCACAACACAGCUUCAACAGCCCUGAAGUACCAGGAAUGUGGGAAUCCAAACCUGUGGAGCAGGAACCAAAUGAGGCUGUCUGUAAGCUAAUGGACCAUUUAGGCAGCACUGACCUCUGGAACCAGACWUGGGAGCAGAGAGGAUGGAGGACACACACUCAGUGGGAACAACCGCAAUGCGCCGGUGAGGAGAUCCUGUAUCCUCUACAGACGGAGAACUACGGCGAUCUGUUCGGCCCAAACUACGUCAAAGAACUCUCAGACUGGUCCACACAUCAGCAAACACUGAUGCUGUAGCUGUUUGCCUUCUCCCUUGGUUCUGUAUUUAUCAACGUAUUUGUUUAAAUGACAAUUUCCUUCAUGUA